CGCAGAACGAGCAAUCUUGUUUCAAAGGCCAUGACAUGGCCAUGCCCCCCGCUGGCCGCGGCUUCCGCGGCUGCGGUUGCGGCGGCGGUUUCCGUGCUGCUGGUGCGGCGCCGAGCCGCUUUUGGCCGCGGGCGGCUGCGGGGUCGCAGCGUCCUGGUCACCGGCGCGGGGCGGGGCCUGGGUAAAGAGCUAGCGCUCGCCUGCGCGCGGAAGCAGUGCGGCAAGCUGCUGCUGGUGGACCUCAAUAGCACCGAAGAGGCGGCACAGGAAGCGCGGCGGUGUGGCAACUCCGACCUGGAGAUCCUCACCUUCCAGGGGGACGUGGCCAGUGAGGAGGCGGUGGGGGCAGUGUGCUCAAAGGUGCCGGCGGGCGCGUUGACUGCGCUGCUUUGCGCGGGGCAGGUGACGGGGAAGCCCCUGCUGCCCGUGCCGUCCACCUCGCCGCUGUCGUCCUCGGAGCUGCGGCGGACCAUGGACACCAACUUCUUCGGCGGCGCCUUGUUCGCCCAGCAGCUGCUGCCGCGGAUGGAGCAGGAAGGUGGGCAGCUGAUCUUCAUUUCCUCUCUGAUGGGCAUGCUGGGCAGCGCGCGGUUGGCGGACUACUGCGCCUCCAAGUGGGCGCUCUUGGGCUUCGCGGAGUCUCUGCGUUUGGAGCUGCGAGCGCGCGGCUCGAGCGAGGUGGGCGUGAUGUCCGUGUGCCCCUACGUGAUUGACACCGGGAUGUUCCGGGGCGCCUUCUCGAGCGCGGACCGCGCCACGCUUCUGCGCCGUGUGGUGGCUGUGGUGAGGCGCUGCGUCUUCCCCACGCUGCGGGCCGAGGAGGUGGCGGAGGCGCUGGCGAAGCGCCUGGACGAGGAGCAGCUCGUGCCCACGUUGGUGCUGCCCUGGCACGCAGGCUGGGUCUUCACCCUGCUGCGGCUGCUGCCCUUUAGCGUGCAAGACUUGCUCUUGGACCUGGGUGGCGGGUGCUUCGGUAUGGAGUCAUUCCAAGGCUAAUGACUCUUGCUUCGAGAAAAGCUGCGUGGGGCAAAAUCACUAUUACCCUCCCACCCACAAGCACUAG